AUGAUCGUGGCGCCAUGGGAUGCGUCUUCACCCGAUGCACUGCUGCAAGUACUGCGAGGGGCAGAAGUCACCCGGCAUCAGAACAAGCUGAUCCUCCGCAAUGCCUUUGAUUGGAGGCAACUCUUGGAACUGGCGGAGAAGCUCAACGAGGAGUCGCAUGCGCUGAACGUUUGCACCAUCCUCCACCGCCUCGCCAAAGGGGUGGCACGUGAGGGGCCUCGAGGUAUGUCAGAUCGUGCCCGGUCUUUGCGCAGCACUUUUGCCUGGCAAAGACUCACUUUUUUGGUGGAGAAAUUGGUGGCUGAUCUGAACAACAUGGAAUUGACAAAUUGCCUUUGGGCUUUAGCAGUGCUGGAAGCCAAUGGCCCUCAAGAAGAAGCUCUUUUGAAUUCUUUGAUCGCUGCUUGCUCCCAGUAUCUCUCCAGUUUCGAGCCACGGAACCUGGCACUCUCUGCCUGGGCUUUGGCCAAGAUGGGCUUGGAGAAGCAAUGGUGCCCACGAUGGGCGGAGGCCGUGGCAGUGAAGCUCCAAAGCUUUGAGACUCGAGACAUGACCAAUGUCAUAUGGGCAUUUGCCACAGUAUACUGGCGUGAUGAACGAUUCUUGAUGCGCUUUUGCAAGGAGGUGGAAGUGAAAGCAGAGCACUACUCUCCCCAGGAUGUGGGCAACACCCUGUGGGCCUUAGCGACGCUCUCUUGGAAGAACGACCUGGCCUUAACAGCCAUCUCCAAGCGAUGCUUUGACACCGCAGUCCACUUUGAUCAACAGAAUCUCUCCAUUUCACUCUGGAGCUAUGCCACCCUUGGCUACAAGACAAUGAAUCUGUUUCAUCACAUGACGCAAAUCAUCACCGAGCGCAUCAAGAGCUUCGCUGCACAAGGUAUUGCUAACGUGUGCUGGGCCCUUGCCAAAUUCCAAUUCCAACAGAAGUGCUUGCUGAUGACGAUUGCAGAAGAGGCUCCGACGCGGCUCGAUGACUUUGACCCGCAGCACAUGUCGAUUCUGGCAUGGGCAUAUGCCACCCUUGAGUUCCCAAACAGACCGUUGCUGACCGCAUUGUGCCAGGCUGCCGUACGGAAGAUGCCCAUGUUCAAUGCACAGCACAUGGCAAACAUGACCUGGGCCAUGGCCACCCUUGCCCACAAGGAUGAGCGGUACUUGCACGUUCUGGCGGAAAGGGCAAUGGAAGAGGUGGCACGCUUCAAUCCUCAAGAGUGCUCCAACUUGGUUUGGGCCUUCGCUUUGCUGACCUUCCGCGACGACGCCUUGCUUCAGGCCCUGAGCCGUCGCUCACAGGAGAUCGUGGCGGACUUCAUCCCGCAGAACUUGGGCAACACCGCGUGGGCCUACAAUCGUUUGGGCUAUCGUGACGAGCAGCUCAUGCAGUGCCUGGUGCGGGAGGCAGCAGGCCGCUUGCAGGAUUGUGCGGGGCAGGAGGUCUUAGACCUCAUCGAGUCCAUCGUUACAGGUGGAUAUGAGGCCUCUGUGGAAGGCCCCGAGUGGCAGCGGCUGGCCUGCUGGGCUGGACAGAAGGUGGAGGCGGUGGCGCGCUGCGUGGUCAGCUCCAGCGAGAUGCCGCUGACGCUCCGGAAGCUCCCAGACUUCGAUCGGGCGCUCGCCGUGCAGGACUACCAGGAUCACUUGGCCAGCUUUAGCUUGGUCGGCCUGGGGUUCACCUAUACGUGCCAAAUCUUGGAGCAGCUGGGCAUUCGCCUCCUCAACGGCUCAGAGAAGGAGGCCUGGCAGAAGGUCGCCCAGGAAGCCUCGAACUCGAUCAGCGGCACGGGCAAUCAGUCUGACGUCAGCAAAAAUGUGGAGGCACAAGAAGGACUGAAGAUUUGCCGCACGAUUUGCGUCUACCGCUAUGCCUUGCAGCUUGGACCGGAGACGGUGUGCGUGGGGCCCACGGCGGUGACCAGUGGUCCGGCGCGAGACGCCCACGAGCUGGGGCUUUUCGCAGCCACUUUGAGGCAUCCGAGGGGUGGGGACGGCGAGUUCCAAGCGCUCCAAGCAUGUGCCCGAGCCUCCAUGCAGCUGGGUUGUGAACCCACCGGUGCUCCUCCGAUGGAUGGCUCUGCGGUGGAAGGGGAGCUUUGGCUUCAUGUCUCCGAGGUGCCCUGUCUCUCCUGCGUCGGGGCCAUGGCGCAGUUCCGGAAGGUCUUCCCCGAUGUGAGCAUCCUGAUCUCCUUCAAUCUGGGAAAGCAGCCUUCGGAGAAGUCGCAGGACGGAUCUGCCAAGGCCGGUGCCAAGUAUCGGCAUACCGAAAGUCAGGUGCGCUUCGAAGCUGGAGAAUCGCUGAAAGCCUUCGAGGUUGACUUGAUUGACGACGACAACUUUGAUACCACCUUGGAUUUCCAUGUUCACAUGGAGAACCCUGAGAAUUGCGUGAUUCAGGGUGACAUGAGUGUUGCGAAAGUGCUGAUUUUUGACAACGACCUAUUUCCAUCCAGCGAGUUUGAGCCUUACCUGCAAAAUAUCAACUAUGUGGAGGAGGGAAGCCUUCAUAACAUUGGCUUCAAGCUGCUGUGGUCCUUCAUCCGCUUUACCUUUCUGCAUGUCCCCAGCAUUUGGUGGAAGUCCAUUGUGGCGAUUUUCUUGGCCCAGUUGGGAAACGCCUACUACCUGAUGACGAUCUACCUGAAGGUUUAUUUGGUGGACGUUUGCCUCAAUGUGAAGGACGAAUCUACCUUGGACCGGCUGCUCGUUCCUGGCAGUCGCGGCUUGACAGCGGCUCUCCUUGGACUCACGUGGGUCCUCCCGAACUUCAUUCUGGUGGCGGCUGACCAUUUUGAGAUGUCAGCUGGGGGCUUAGUUGCAAUGGUUUUCGAUCACGUUUGCAGAACUUUGCGUGCAAGAGAGGGUGCAGUGAAUGCCACCAUGGAGCCUAGGUCAUUCAUUCAGCUCUUGGAGCUGGGCAUGGACCCCUUGGUUUCCUGCGCCGGUGGCACGACCGUGGUGAAAUCCAUCGGGCUACAGACCGAGAUGCUGGGAGACGAGCUCCUUUCAGAGGACAUGGACUCCCAGGUGGUCUCCAAACCCGCAGCUGCCUCGCAGAUCAUGAAGGUGGCAAUAGGUCUCUUGGGCUUGGACCUCCAUGAGAAGCCCAGCUCAUGGGCUCAGACCUGGUUGGAGGCGUGUAGCGUGGGUGAGGUGUCCUUCAGCAUGGAGCCCAAACUGGCCAAGGAGGUGGAUGAAGGAUUCUGGUCAGAUCGAGACUUCAAGAAAGGUCAAGCAGAUUGGCAGCGGAAAGUCCUAUCUCACUUGCGGCAGCUUUAUCCUAAAGAGCACCGUGGGCGUUCCAAGGAAAAAGUUGAAAGACGAGGUCCUCAUGCUGAGCAGCUGGAGACAGUAGACUUCAUCCUGCAGCGAAUCACCUCUACAGUGAAUCUUCUUCAACGGCCCGAGCGGCACGCUGAGCCGCCCUUGAUCUUGCACCAGUAUACAGAUGGCAUGGUCCGAGAUGUUUGCGCUGACUUGAAGCAAUGGCUGGAGCAACUGGCUAACAUUUUGUCGGUGUAUCACGUUCAUAUCUUGGACCUCGAGGGCGACAAGCGACAAUUGACCAGCAAAGUAGGAGGAUUGGAGGAGAAGUUGAAGGAGUCUGAGGUGGAGAAAGAGGAUGCCGUAAGGCGUUUUCAGGAUAUGGACGCCCGGUGGAAUGAAGAGAAGAUGAAGAAACGUGCGGCCGCCUUGUUCGGGGUGAAGAGCAGCGAGGAGGAUCCCAAGAUCUACAGCCAGCUAGAGGUGGAUGAGAUGUACGAGCAGUGGAAGAAGGAGCAAGUCGAUCCCCUUUUGGAGGAGAUUCAAUCGUUGAAGAAGGCACAAAGAGAUUUGCUGGCGAAGAUGCAGUCGAUGAAGCACGAUCGAUCUGCACCAGUCGCAGCGAUACAAGAAGAAAUCACGCCUUCGCUGGGCUCCCGAGAAAUCGCUUUGUUGAACGCCUGCCUCACCAGUGCUUCGGAACGCUCUUUGGGUGAGCUCAAGGCUUUGCUCCUGCGCCUGGGCCACGCGCUCAGCGAACAGCGCGGAAGUGCCGAGUUUCAGGAGAUCCUUCGGCUGAUCCAGGCGAUCCCUAUCCUGGACAUUCCCGAGUCCAUGGAGACGGGCUCCCAAGCCGAUGCCGACCACCCGGCGAUCGGCCAGGAAGAGUUGGAGCUGCUCCAUGUGGGUCUGAAGGCUGCUGGGAAGCACGUGUCCCCUGACCUGGCUAGCCUUCUAUCGCAGCUGGGUCAAGGUGUUGCCGAGGGCAGUGACCUGAAGCGUGUGGUGCAGCUCAUCCAAAAAGUGACCCGACCGCGAAAUCAGCGAAGCUGA